UCUAGGAGACGUGUGGAGCGUCAGUGCCCUGUCAAGUGCUGGAGCAGCUGCUUCACCGGCUUCUACGUCUUAAUUACAAGUUGUCUCAGGUCCCCCAGUUGCUAAGAUUUUCAAGCUGAUUUAGCAGGUGCCUUUACAUGACCAGCAGCAAGCAUGAUGAUGCGCCUAGUGAGGAGAGUUGGAUGGUUCGUGUUUUAUGCUUCUCUCAUAGAGUUCGCAGUGAUGCUGGUCUUCAUCGUGUUUGUACGGUACGACGCUUUCUACGACGGUACCAAAUGGAACUACACCAGCUAUCAUGGGCACUCCACUCCCAAUCUACAAACAUUUUAUCCAAUGUUGCAGGACGUUGGAGUGAUGAUGGUGAUUGGGUUCGGCUUCCUGAUGACCUUCCUGAGACGGUACGGUCACUCUGGGUUGGGUUGUACCCUGUACCUCACAGCCCUCACCCUACAGCUGGCGCUGCUGGCUGACGGCGUCACCACCGCUAAUGACGGAUACAUCACCUUAAAUGUUAUCAGCGUGGUUCAAGCAGCCUUCACCUGCGCUGCUGUGCUCAUCUCUGUGGGUGCCACACUGGGCACUACCUCCCCCACACAACUGCUACUGAUGGCACUGCUAGAAGUGCCCAUCUACCAGAUCAAUGCCUACAUCGGCUACCGUAUCCUGGCUGUCGUCGACCAUGGUGGUUCUAUCUUUAUCCACACCUUUGGUGCCUACUUUGGAUUGGGGUUCUCGAGGAGUGUGUUACGAAGGGUUCCUGUGAAGGACCAUCCCAGAGAGGUCUCAGGCUACAUCCCUGACAUGUUCUCCAUGAUUGGUACACUGUUCCUGUGGGUGUACUGGCCAUCUUUCAAUGGCGUGGUCGAGAGUGGCAGAAGUCAAGGACGGGCGGUUAUCAACACAUACCUCUCCCUCUCAGCCUCUACCCUGGCCGCCUUCAUGUUCUCUGCCUCAACACAUAAGCAACACAAGUGGACAAUGGUACACAUUCAGAAUGCCACCCUGGCUGGCGGUGUAGCUGUGGGUGCUGUGGCUGGCCUCAUGAUCCAGCCCUGGGGAGCCCUCCUCUUGGGGUACUUUGCAGGUGCCCUCUCCACCCUGGGUUAUACCCACCUCCAGGGGUGGCUACAGGAAAAGUUUGGUCUCCAUGACACCUGUGGUGUCCAUAACCUGCAUGGUAUGCCAGGGCUCCUGUCUGCUAUGGUCUCUGUUGGUGCUGCCUUCUUUGCCUCUGAGGCAAACUAUGGAAAAGAGUUGUACCUGCAGUACCCAGUUAUGGCCCCAGCUAUCAACAUUUCCUCCAGUCUCCCCCUCAUACCAGAACUGGAGGACGUGGCUCCUGGUGAAGGUCGCACUGCAGAAAAACAGGCAUUCUACCAGGCCUUGGCCACCCUCAUCACCCUCCUGAUGGCUCUGACAGCUGGUGGAGCUUCUGGCCUUCUUCUAAACUACAUGCCCUUUGACCCCAUGACAUGGCCUCAGCUGUACAGUGAUGCCCCUUGGUGGGAACUGCCUGAGGAAGAGGAGCAAAUGGAGGAAGAACCAUCUAAUAGUGAGCUGGGGAAGAUAAUCAACAUUCAGGUGGGACAAUUGGAGACCAUUAACCAUCCCAGGAAUGUGAAGGUGGGACAACUAGAGACCAUUACCCAUCACAGUGCUGUAGACUGAUCAUCCUUGAUGAUGCCAGCUGUAACCACUCACUACUAUAAUGCACAAAAUGUAGAAAUUGUAAUGAUAAAUUAUAGUACAAUAUGAGAAACUAUAAUAAUCAUAUUC